AUGAGGAUUGUAACCCCCACGGCGCUCGUCGCCGCCCUCCUCGCUAGCACCGUCAGCGCUGCUCCUGCGAUCGAAGUUGAACAGCAUCUCACAUUCAACUCUCCCCCAACCUCUGGCUUUCUCAGUCUCACCACCAAGCUCACCUCCGCCCUCUCCUCCGUAUUUUCUUCCCUCACCCAUCCCACGCCCACCUCCAACUCUGAAGAUCAAACCAUCUGGGACCUAAUCAACUCGGACCCUGAGUUCUCCCAGCUCGCACACAUCCUCAACUACUCUUCCGAUGCAACGAAAGACAUCCUUCGCAAGAAAGAAGACUUGACCCUCUUUGCUCCUCUCAACUGGCACCAUCACCGCGACGGAGGCGACCACGAUGGGGAGAAAGAAGCUUACACCGACCUGAGCUUCGGUCCCGCCUCAAUCCAAACCUGGACCGGAAUGGAACGUCAAAUUGCCGAGUACGAGCAAGAGUUUGGCGCUCACUCUUUCCACCACGAUGGUGACAGCGAUGACGACGAUGAUGAGAAGAAGAAGAAAAAGCACAGACGUGAGGCUAUUCAACACCUGAUCGAUGCUCAUGCGCUCUACCAUCUCGUUCGAUCUCCUCAUGUCCUCGACGCCAAAGCUAUUGCGGAUAACUCGUCAGUGGCUACGUGGUUGAACACCGGCAAGUCGCAUCCUAACAACGCUGGGACUGAUUGGCGUGUUCGUAUUGGUAAAUCGCUUCUUCCUUUGCCUGCGGUCUACUUGAACUUUUACUCUCGAGUGGUCAAGCCUGAUAUCAAGACCAAGAAUGGACUGGUUCAGGGAAUUAAAUACCCCUUGAUUCUGCCACCUGAUGUCCUGCAGAGUCUCUUUUACGGUCAGACAACGUUCAGCACCACCACUUCGGGUCUGCAGAAGGUCCAUGCGGCUAAAUACCUCAGCUACGGACCUGACUACCAUCACCACGAGCACCACGGACACGAGGGUGGGAAGCACUUCCAAGCUUGGCACCACCAAGGCAAGAACGGUAGCGAUGGAGACCACUUCUCCGGAGUCGCAGCUGAGACUGUGUUUGUCCCCACGAACUUAGCUUGGUCCCGCCUCCCCUUCGCUCUCCGCGCCUACCUCUUCUCGCCAUGGGGUUAUCACUUGCUUGAGAAGGUGUUUAUGUUGCACUCUCUCCCCCACGAUAUCGUCUAUGCUGACUUUGUACACCACGUUGGCGGGCAGAAGAAGGUGAAGCCCACUUUUUCGGUCGAGGGUGGGGCGAACAAGACGAGUUAUACUUUCGACUCGGUCCUGCCUGCCAUUCAUGGGAAGAAGGGAGAGUUGGAACAGGUGGAUGUUGAUGUUUACAGGUACUAUCUUGUGCCGGGAAACAAGGGUCCGCUGCAGACGAGGGUGGUAGUGCAGAACGUAAGCGUCAUCUUGCAGGACAUUCCGGCCAGCAACGGAGUCUAUCACGGAAUCACACGAUUCAUAAAGCCAAAGGGACACCCUGAGAAGGGAGUAUGGGCUGAAGUUGCAGAGGCGACCGACGCUGCGGGUUACGGCAAGGUUGAUUUGGUUGCUGAAGCACAGGCUAAUCUGUGGUAA